AUGAAGUUGGUACGCCAAAGGAUUCAGACCACACAAAGUCGUCAGAAGAGUUACGCAAAUAAUCGUAGGAAGGACUUGCAAUUUGCAGUUGGAGAUCAAGUAUUUCUUAAGAUUACCUCUCUGAAAGCAAGUUUGAUGGCCGAAAGGGGAAAGAAGUUACAACGGAAAUUUGUAGGACCUUAUAAGGUUACCCAACACGUGGGAAAUGUAGUGUAUAAGUUGGAACUACCACCGAGUUUGUCUCGGAUCCACAACGUUUUUCAUGUAUCCAUGCUUAAGAAAUAUCACCCAGACCCUCCUCAUAUCUUGCAAUCGGAAAAUAUUGAAAUUGAUGAGGCGCUGACCUAUGAGGAGAAACUGGUAAAGCUUCUAGAUCUUAAGGUGAAAGAACUGAGGAACAAGCGGAUUCCGUUGAUGAAAGUUCUUUGGAGGAACCAUGGACAAGAGGAAGCAACCUGA